AUGACUUCCUAUCAAGAGUUAACGGCCGAAGGGGAGAAUAGCCCUCUGUUAACGGGCUGCUGCCGAGCAAAAGAGGUCAUAAACCAGGACCUGGGCAGCAGGUCUUAUCCUGAACUCGGUGGUCGUGAUGAGGAGGGGAAAGUGGAGGUGGAAGUUGCCUCGGGAUUUUAUUCUCCGCGUCUGACUUUGUGCACCUCUUCGGACAGCCCUCCUCCUCCAGGGUUUGAGACUCUGGAGGGAUUCUCGACACUGGCCUGCCCCCACUCAUCCCGUGUCCCCUGGCGGUGCAGGGCGCAGGGGCAGGGCUCUCCAGGACGUGGAUACUGCGCGUCAGAUAAAGAGAAGCCACAGCGCUUUGGGUCACUUACGGAGGAAAUUCAAAUUUACCCUCACAAUAUCCCCGAGAUUCACGUCGCCGUGGGAAGCUCCACGAGCCCGGACUGUAAAGGAGCUGAUACGGAUGAAAGGAGUAAAACUUUUGAGUGGAUGAGAGUAAAGAGGAGUCAGCACCGGGCGGUCAGGACGCGCAUGACCUGUGGGUUCAGUAUUGUUGACUCGGGCCUCGGUGUGGUGGAGGCUGGAAAUCGCAGCAUCUGCGCGGACGGCCAUCCCACGAUGAACGGAGCCCCGAGGAUCAGUUACAGCACCAAGCAGCUGACCGAGCUGGAGAAGGAGUUCCACUUCAACAAGUACCUGACGCGGGCCAGGCGGGUGGAGGUCGCCGGCGCCCUGCAGCUUAGCGAGACCCAGGUGAAAGUUUGGUUUCAGAACAGACGCAUGAAGGAGAAGAAAUUACAGAGAGACGGGCUACUCUCCGACCCAAGGCCCGCGGCUCCGCACUCACACGCCGACACUUUGGACACCUGCCCCUUCCACGGACCGACCUAG